AUGAGUGCAUACGUCAUCGAGCACUUCAAAGCAGAGUAGUUUUCCCGCAUCGAUUAUUGACCGGCGAUAUACUGGGCCACAGCUGCUCUACCUCUACCCACUCAAAUUCAAAGCAUGAUUGCAUAGCCUCAUUAACUACAGAUUACAGAGACCGUUGACUGAAUUUACUAUUCCAACUAUGGUUGAAUCUGUGUCAUUUUUAGGAAAUUCUGUACCUAUUGAAAAUGGUGUUAAUCAUGUUAAAUUGCUUCCUGCAUCUAAUGAUGAUCAUGGGGGUGUAAUAGUCGACAUGAAGGAGCCUGUGGAACCUGACAUCUUUCUUGCCAUGCUCAGAGCUUCAAUAUCACUGUGGAGGCAACAGGGGAAGAGGGGAGUUUGGAUUAAGUUGCCCAUUAAACUUGUAAAUCUUGUAGAAACUGCAGUCAAGGAAGGAUUCUGGUACCACCAUGCUGAGCCAAGUUACCUCAUGCUUGUUUACUGGAUUCCUGAAACUGCAAGUACAAUCCCUGCAAAUGCAUCACACAGAGUAGGCGUUGGUGCUAUUGUCUUUAAUGACAAAAGAGAGGUGCUUGUUGUGCAGGAAAAAAGUGGCAGAUUUCGAGGAACAGGGGUGUGGAAAAUUCCCACUGGAGUUGUCGAUGAGGGUGAGGAUGUCUUCAUGGCAGCUGUGAGAGAAGUAAAAGAAGAGACAGGAAUUGACACAGAUUUUCAGGAAAUUUUGGCAUUCAGACAGUCACACAAAUCAUUCUUUGGGAAGUCGGAUUUAUUCUUCUUGUGCUUCCUGCGUCCCUUAUCUUUUGACAUCCAAAAGCAGGAACUAGAGAUUGAAGCAGCCCAGGUAAUUUCCGGCAGUAGCAUGAGGCACUACCUCUUAAGUGAUUCUGUUUUUUAUUUGUUUAUAACACCAAAAUUGCUAGUAUUUACUGCUUUGCAUAAAUUCAGUCCUUUUUUAAUACAAGAUGACAAACACCUGAAACCAAUCAAUCUAUCAUUUGCUUUAUGUCUAAGCCAAUCUGCUAGCUUCAAAUUAAUGAAUUUGACAAUGAAAAAAUUGACAGGAAAUAUAUGAUAAUUGUACACAUCAGAGCAACUAUUACUACUUGUAUCUCAUCCAUGACAUGUUUUGGGGUUAAGGUCUGCCAUUUGUUGUUUUCCUCUGGUGUUGAAUACUUGUCAUUUCUGAGUUUCCACCGGAAGAUCCUUGAGCAGUACUGAAUCGUGUUAGCCUUAUUGGUAGGGACUGCAGGUUAAUGUCAUAGAUGUGACAAUUAAGGUCUGCCAUUUGUUCUUUUCUAUGAAAUUGAUUAUUGAUUAAUUAGUACUCAAUUGCGCCAAACGGCCAACGAUGCGCUCUUCUUUGACCGGGUUGCUGUUGAUUUUACUUAUGGAACAUAGGAGAGGAUUUACAAUUUUUUCUCCCCAAAAAAUUCCCGAGUCCAGUCACCAGUGAUUGCUAACUUUAUAUUCAUGCCAUUCCAUACUAAGCAUUCCUUAUUUUGUGUUAUCUUGAAGAAUCUGGGUUUAAUAACAGAGAUUGCAAUAGCUCAUUGAGAUGUUGAUUUUUGCCAUAGUGGAUACCAUUUGAGGAAUAUGCAGCUCAACCUUUUGCCCAGAAGCAUGAACUUUUCAAGUAUAUUGCAGACUUAUGCUUAGCAAAAGUGGACAGAACUUAUGCUGGAUUUUCUCCACUGCCUAUAACAUCAAUUUUUAGUGACCAGAUAAGUUACUUAUAUUCAAACGUACGAGAUUUGAAGCAGUCAAGUUCUGCUGAUCGCCAAUAGAAACGGGCUUCUAUUGUUGUACCAUCUGUUGUAUAACUAUAUUAUUUUAUUUAUUAAUGUUUCUCGUGCACUUCAAUAAGAAAAAACACAAUACUUGAAAUGUAACAAAUUCCAAGGUUACUAAUGCUCAUCUGAAGAUGGCCAUAUCGUGAAAAUAAAGAUACUAAACGUUAAAUAUACUGGAAAAAUGCCUGACUGGGUACAUUUUAUCUAAUAGUUUGCUGUAAAAAAACAAUAUGUUAUUUUUUUUUUAUUAAUUGUUCCUGUAAUGAAAGAAUGUGAUUGUCUUCUGUAAAAAGUAUUUGAUCACCUUUCCUUCAUUUAUUCAUCUAUUUCUUAUUUUGUCUUUUUCUAUGACAUCUUUGCACAUGUAUACUAUGCUUCACAUCUAUGCAUGUCACUUUUUCUUUUUUGUUUUUUUCUGUUCUAUAUUAGAUAUUGGGUAGGCAUUUAAAUUACAAAUUGAUUUGUUUUGGAAGAUUUCUCUGAGAUGCAACUAUAGUCAUUCAUAUGCAUUUUAUUGCAUGGUGAAGUUGAUAUCUCAGACCAAAUUUCCAACUAAUCAAGGUGGAUGUUAGAUACUACAAGUGGUAUCUUGUAUCAAUAUGCAUGUCCAUAACAUUGUUGCUUUGCACAUUUCAUGCAUAUGACUUAUCACGUGCCUGCGCCUGUGGAUGUGUUCUAGUACGUUAAGCUUGUAGACCACCACUACACAAGCAUGACAGGUGGUUUGCCAUGUGGCACAAAUUUCGAAGCAUGAAAGAAGAAGAAAGAUGCAAACCGCAUUAGAUAGCCUCUGAUUAUAAGUCUCAAAUGGAGUUGUAGUGAUUUCUGCAACUCAUAAACUCAGUGAUUGUCAACUCAUAUCUACAAAGUCAUUUAACAUUUCUGGUUCCUUGUGAUUUUUUCCUUGUGUGUGUGGUUUGUCGAGUAAAGAAAAAUAUGUUACCUACAAAUUUUGCUUUCCUUUUAGCACUUUGGCUUUCAGCCUUCUUUCUUGAGCACGCAGAGUUAAGGAAACUCUCUCCUGAAAUCUACCGAACAUCAACUGGUUGUACGAAUUGCAUGCUUUGUCAAUACCCAUGUCAUCCUCUUGCUCCACCACCCCCAUCGCUUCCCAACAACCCACCAUAUGGAAUACCACCUCCACCAUAUCCAAUUUCUGGUUAUCCUCCUUAUGGAACUCCGCCAUCUCAAGUCGAUUGCACACAAUUUCCAGACCAGUGCUGCCUUCACCCCCCACCAUAUCCUCUUGGAUAUCAGCCCUACGAGAACUAUGCUGCUUUCUGCUCUCCUUUUUUUUUCAUAUUAGUUGUGUCAUUGGUAUUCUCCAUUACAGUUAUGCUCUAGGUUUAUAUGCUUUAUCAUUCCCCCAGGUUUCAUUGUCUAGGACUGUCUAGCCUAUCAAACUGUGAUUUGUAGUAAAGCCUUUGUUUCAGCACCAUAUUACUUGUUUUCAGUGUUCGACAUGUAAGCAGUUAUCCUGUUCGGUGUUAGGUUUCAUUAUUAAGGAGUACAUAAAACUGUGUGUGGUUUGUAAUGAUAAAGCCUUGCUAUUGAUGGCACUGCUCUUUCUUCUU